AUGCCUUAUCAUGAUGACGAUGACAACGGAAAGAAUAUCCCCGGUGCUGCUAUAGCUGUCAACGACGCCAAUGUUGAGAAAGAGGUGCUUAGAUACAUGAAAACCGUGCAACAUGAAGCCGACGGCAUAAACUUGUUCACGUCCUCAGGAACCACAUUCACCACCUCCAGCGCCAGUACGCAAACUUCAACAACGGGGCUACGUGACGCUGGAACUAAUGCAGGGGCAAGAGAAACCAGAACCAACCCGUGGUCCCUGGAGGUGAUGAAUGAAUUUUUGAGGCUCAAGAGUGAGAUACUACAGUCGCAAAGCAACCUGCCCAGAGCACCCGAGCGAGUUCUGGUCAACCUCAAUUCCAAUGCCGUGUUUACGAAACAGCCUCCCGAGCUCAGCUUUUUCAUCGGCCAGUUAUCGCGGCGGAAAAGCUUUGAGGCCUUGCUGAAGAUGACCCAGAUAAUGAGCUCCACGACGACGACGAACGCUGCAUUCAGCAGAUGGAUUUGGAACUUGUUCCUCAAAAUCGACUACAUCUUAGAGGCAAACGAGUGUUUCAUACUACGAGAUUUGGCCAAGAAAGCCAAGGCCCUAAAGACACAGUUGCUAGAAGGUGGAAAAGACAAAGAACCGGCCUCGUCCGUCGCCUUGUUCACUUUGGAUAUGAUAACACUACUUGUGGGCACUUAUUAUCGCCAAGCUGACCUUCUAUACAACACCUCCUUUGAAUGCUAA